GCGGGGGGAGGGGGGAGUAGCUAAGCUAACGGUGUCGCUGAUGUAGCUGUGAACAGUUACUCUCCGCUUUACCAAGCCGAGUUUAAACCGCCAUGGCUGGAGACGAGACUAAAUAAACACGCAGGAGAGUCAUGGGGAUGUUUAGAAACGUGACCAUUUGCGUGUAUUAAAAUAAAACAGAAGUUUGGCGACAGGACUAAGCACUUUAGUUAGCUAGCUCGCGCGCUAGUUACGACGAACCGUCUAGCUAAGCUAGCUUACAGAGGAGAGAAAACCAAAAAUAAAUCAAUAAAAGUAGCUCCGUGUUCACCUUUAGCGCCUCGCAUGGAUUAAUUAGCUACUUAUCCACGAUUUAAAGAUUGAAGAAGGGUUGAAAAUCAGGGAUUUUUUUUCUUUCUGGGUCGGAAACUUGACUGAGACACACACACACACACACAGAGGAAUGGCUGACGGCGCUCCAGUGUCUCCUCGUCUCCUCAGGCCUGAGCGAGUGAAGCUGUGAACCGGGCGGUGUGUUAUCACCGGAGCGGAAUGAUUUAGCAGGGUGGCACCAGCCGUGCACGUCAAAAAGAGGAGGAGGAAGAGGAAGAAGAUGGGGGUUAAUGCCUCCAGCUAUCCUCACUCGUGUUCCCCUCGAUUCGGGGGACAUUCACCUACUCAGCAAACCUUCAUAGGCACAUCCUAUGCACCCCAGGGUUAUGGAGUUGAGUCAAAGCUCUACAGCUUGGAGCAUUGCCCCGAGAAACCUCAGGACAAGAAGAAGAAGAGCUCGAGCCUGGCCACGCUGAAGAGGCGGUUCAUUAAGCGGCGCAAGGCGAGCCGCUCGGCAGAUCACGCGCGCCACAUGAGGGAUCUGCUCUCGGGCUGGGACGUACGCGACGUCGCCGCCCUGGUGGAGGAGUACGAGGGCACGGCCGCGCUCAAGGAGCUCAGCAUGCAGGCGUGUCUGGCCCGCCCCGAGGCUCGCACCCUGUCCCAGGACCUGGCCUCUCUUUACCAGCACAAAUACUGCACAGACGUGGAGCUCAUCUUCCAGGACACGCGCUUCGCCGCUCACCGAGCCGUCCUGGCCGCACGCUGCCCCUUCUUCAGGACGCUGCUGUCGUCGUCGCCCGGGUACAGCACCCAGCUGCUCCUGGACGUGGGCACGGCGGGGAUGGACGCCUCCAUGUUCUCAGCGCUGCUGCGUUACCUGUACACCGGCGAGCUGGGCGCCGAAGACACCCGCCUGCACAACGUGGACGUCCUGCUGCGGCUCAGCGAGGAGUUCGGGACGCCCAGCUCCCUGGAGACGGACAUGCGCGAGCUCCGCCAGAGAAUGUGCUACUACGACUCCGUGCUCUGCUUCUCCUCCGACUCCGAGCCGGACGAACCUUUCGGAGCAGACAUGAGCGGAGAGGAGGAGGAGCUGAAGGCUCAUAAAGCCGUCCUGGCAGCGCGCUCGCCGUUCUUCCGGAACCUGCUGCAGCGGCGCGUGCGCGCGGCCGAAGAGGACUCGACGCCCGCGCGCAUCGUACUGAACGAGUCCAUCAUCCCGCGGAAGUACGCCGGCGUGGUGCUGCACUGCAUGUACACGGACGCGGUGGAGCUGGAGCGCGUGGUGCGGAGCAGCCCCUCGGCCGGCAGUCUGGGUGAAGCUCAGGCUUUAGCCGCCGGAAAGGGAAGCAUGAGCAGAGCCGAGGAAGCCAUGGAGCUGUACCACAUCGCCCUCUUCCUCGAGUUCAGCAUGCUCGCGCAGGGCUGUGAGGACAUCGUGGUGGAGAGCAUCUCUCUGGACUCAGUGGUGCCCAUCCUGAAGUGGAGCUCACAGCCGUACGGCUCGAAGUGGGUCCAUCGCCAGGCUCUGCACUUCCUGUGCGAGGAGUUCAGUCACGUGAUGACGUCAGACGUCCUGUACGAACUGAACAAGGAGUACCUGCUGGGGGCCAUCCAGUCUGAUUACCUGCAGGCCAGCGAGCAGGACGUCCUGAAGUACGUGGUGAAGUGGGGAGAACACCAGCUGAUCAGGAGGAUGGCCGAUCGAGAGCCCAACCUGCUGAGCGGCACGGCCCACAGUGUGAAUAAGCGCGGAGUGAAGAGGCGGGAUCUGGACGUGGAGGAGCUGAAGGAGAUUCUGUCCCCUCUGCUGCCUUGCGUGCGCACCGAACACAUUCUGCCCACCAACAGCGAGGUCCUCUCCGACACGCUGAAGCGUGGUCUGAUCAGCACGCCUCCGUCAGACAUGAUCCCUACGGUGGAGGGAGGAAAAGCGAACGCCUGGCUGAGGCAGAAGAGCGCCGGCAUCUACGUACGCCCUCGCCUCUUCACUCCAUACGUGGAGGAGGCCAAGGCCGUCCUGGACGAGAUGAUGGUGGAGCAGACGGACCUCGUGAGGCUGCGCAUGGUGCGCAUGUCCAACGUUCCCGACACUCUCUACAUGGUCAAUAACGCCGUACCCCAGUGCUGUCACAUGAUCAACCACCAGCAAAUGGCUGGCAGCCAAACAGCCCCGCCCUCAGUGGUGGCCAAUGAGAUACCAGUUCCCAGGCUGGCAGUGGUGAAGGAGAUGAUUCGGCGGCUGCACGAGCUGCGGCACACGGAGCAGGUCCAGCGAGCGUACGCCCUGAACUGUGGUGAAGGAGCGACGGUCAGUUACGAGCUGCAGAUCCGAGUGCUCAGGGAGUUCGGCCUGCCUGAUGGAGCUGCAGAACUGCUUCAGAACCCGCACAAGUUUUUCCCUGACGAGCGUUUCGGAGACGAGAGCCCGGUGCUGGCCCUGCGUCCGUCCGCUCGCUGUCGGGUUAACAGCACCCCGGCUGUGGAGAGCAUGUUCACAGACCUGCAGGCCGUGAUGGGCCUCCAUCCGCCCCUCCCCCCUCCGCCGCCGCCGUACCACCCUCCCACCACGCAGCAGAUCCGGAGCGGCUGGAGGCCCCGCGUGCCCACACAGCAGCCCUCACGCUCCUUCUCCUACCCCUGCAAUCACUCGCUGCUACACUCGCAGGCCUCCUCCAAAAUGGGCAGCCCCAUUUACCCAGCCACAGGGGUCAAGGCCGUGCCUCCGGACUGUACCAACCCCCAGGGGAGGAGCCUUAACCCGAACAAGAAAGGGAACAUGGAGCCGGUCAUCAACGAGUUCAUGCCGGACAUCGCCAUGGGCGUAUCGGCCAUGAGCCUGAAGGACCGCCGCCUUCCUGAGGUCACCAUGGAGGUGGAAGGUCACGACCCCCGUCCUUUGGUCUCCACGGUGCCGCCCAUCUCUCAGUGCUUCUCCGGCCGCCACCCGCACUCCUCGUCACGCAAGCGGCACGCGGCCGAGCCCAAACCCGACGCGCCGCAGCACACACACUUCCCCGACCUGUACGAACUCUACACACACGGCCGCAACGACGCCGCGCACCGGCUCCACCUCGCCCUGGGAGCUCAGGCCAACCAGAGAGCGCCGCCUAAAGGAGAGACGGACCUGACGUGCGGCCUGAGCCCCGACACGGAACCCUACGAUGAGUGGAACCCGAGCCGAAGGGUCGCUGGCCCCGGCGCCGCUGCAGCGGGGAUCGGGGAGGAGGGAGGAGGGAUCGGGGGUCGAGAGCGCAGGUCACCUAACAAACACGAAUACCUGUACAGGAAGUCCGCACUAUGACCCUGGAGAGAGACUCAAGAAGGCUUUAAGGCACAAAAUCACAGAUUUAAAGCCUUUUAAUGCUCGGGUUUGAUUAAGGGGGGAAAAUACGAUGAAUAUAUCUUGUCCACAUUUUAUUUUUAAAUAUUUAAACGCCCUCAUUCAGGGCACUGAAGCUAAAACUCACUUGGGUUACUGACAAUCAGCAUAGAAAUGAAAUCUCAAUGAGUUCCCAAACUGCGUCACGAUGCAGAACCGUCACUGUGCGUUCCCAUUACGUUCAUUUUUCUCUGCCUUUGGGUUCAGUACACUAGCUGAGAGAGAGAGAGAGAGAGAAAGAGAGAGAGAGAGACAGAAAUAUAUAUUUAUACAGAUGUAUUAUGCAUUUAUCUUUGCUUAGGAAUAAACCAUUAAAAAAAAAAAAAAAAACGUCCAGGCAAUAAGUCACCUCAUCCAAACCUCGCAAACAUUAAUGACGUGACACGUUUAAAUACCAGCGCUGCGUUCAUGACUAAGUGGGAACUAGGAAACAGAAUUCCUUCUGAAGUCCUUCGCUGCUCACUUUCACUUCCUGAUCAUAAACUGAAACCUUUUUUUUUUUAAAAAAGCUUUACGGAUCGUUAUUUUGACAGAUUUGCUCACCUUCACGUGUUUUGCGUAGGAACUCUGCGUUGUAACCUCGCUGCUACGAGUUAUCACAUAUCAAAAAUAUGCAAAAAGACUCCAGAUGAGUCGACUGACAUGUAAAUCUGGAACGACUGACAGUUGCGUAGGUGUUUUGUGCUCGCUGAUGUUAACUGACGCUCUCUGGAAGCUCCGCCCCCUUUCCCUCAUCUCACAAUGGUAGCUUAAUCCUCGCUUGUAAGAUGGCGCGCCGUCCGGGAAAAUUUAGUUUCGAGUUCAUUAACGUGAAACAAAAUCGAUCGUUGUAUGUUUGACCGUAGUUUCUCCUCCAUGAUGCGAUCGGUUGGCACAUAUUUCAUUUUACGUCUUUUUUUAAAAAAAUUUUAAGCGUCUACUGUUUUUAGGAUUACGCAAAGUAGCGCUGGGCAAUAUGACAAAAAUAGAUCACGAUAUCUCAAGACAUUUCUACGCUACACGUUAUUUAGGCUUCGUAACAAACUGCCAGCAAAAAGUGCAGGAGUUUAAAAUAAAUCUUUAAAAAUGAGUGUGAGGAUACGUUUAUUUAAUACAUACAAAAAUAAAUUACAUUUUUAAACAAUUUUAAAAAUUUAGACAUUUUAUCAAAUCUGCUUCCGGAGUUUGUAAUUGUUAUUUAAAAACAAAACAUAUGAAAAGAUAUCACAGUUUAUCCCAGAUAAAUGUAUUGUGAUAUUGUGUAAUUUAUCACGAUAUUGAUGUUAUAUCGUCAUAUCGCCCGGCUCUAACGUCAAACAGAUUUAAUAAAUUAAAAUUAAAAUAAUUAAAAAUUACUAGGUAGAAAUAUGUCAGAUUUUUUUUUCCCCCUCAGUUUGAGAAUCGCUGCUCAAGAAUCAGUUAACUGGCGUUAAUUAAUAAUUAAUUUGUGUUUAUUUAUUUCGUGAAAUACCGAGGUUUAAAAUAAAGCACUAACCAAAACAAGUCAAGCUUUUAUUUUUAAUUUUUUUUUGAAAGAUAUUUAACCUUUUUUUUUAUCCGAAAAACGAGUGUGUGCUUAAUCAGCUUAAACAAUAAAGGGUGUGUCGAGUUUAAAAAGUAAAAGUCCCAGUUGUCAUGAACGCAGCAUCGAUCUCUAAAUACAGUGUAAAGCUGCUCACACCUCGCCGUGUUCCUCUAAGCUCCUCUGUAGUUCUGCGGGUUUACAGAUGUAACGAUGCUGCCUGCUUUCUUAACGAACAACAAUUCACUCUUUCAUCUUCUGCCUUUUCCGCUAGAUACGUAUAAAUAUAUAUAUAUCUUUAACCAUGCACUCUCAUCCUGCUGCGCUUUAUUAACAUCCUCCUCCUCUUCCUCCUCCUCCUCCUCCUCCUCAGCCCUGGACGUGAACUCGUAUCCGUGUCCCAGUCGGCGUUUAAGAAUCAGCAUGACGGAGUUUAUUGUUUUGUUUUUUUUUUCCUUUAGUACCGAGUAUAGAAGCGUUUACCUCACACUCGAAAACACCUUCAUUCUGUUCAUUCUGCAUUAAAGCGAGAGCUCACAUGCUGCAUCGAUUAACGUCGAUUAACAUCGCUAGCAGCCUGAACGUCAGCUCAGAUUCCUCUCUUCCUAUCCUUUAUGAGAAAAAAAAAGGAUAAUCUCUCUGAUGCAGUCGCUGAUGCGUGAUAUAUGCAGCUUUAUACUGUUUAUGCCAUGUUUCAUGGUACUGUAACGUUACGGUCUUCGACGACGGUCACCUGUGCAAGCUGGAAUCAGGGAUCUGUCUCAGCUCACUCGUCAAAGAAAGCGCUCCUCUCGUUUAGCCCAGUCCAGUGCUGAAUGCAGUACUUUCUGCCUUUCCGUGAAAAAAAAAAAAAAAAAAAAAAAAAAAUCAGUGUUUUAUUAUAACCUGCGUCGUCUUUUUUUUUUUUUUUUUUUUUUUUCAAUUGUAACCAUAAUGCUGCAAAGCCUCGAUGCUAGGACGCUACCUCUGUUUUAUCUCCGUCCUCAUUUCUGUGUUGUGGAACUCGAUAGUUUCAGGGUUUCCGAAUUUAUUAGCCUUAUUUUUUUUUUAAAAAAAAAACAAAAACUGAAUAAUCUCCUGAAUCAUGUCUUUACACCUGCAUCAGGUGAGUAAUGAAAGUUCAGUAUUAAUCAAAGCGACAACUAUGGAUCGUCCAUUUUCUACGUAGAUGCGUAACACGGAGCCGCCAUUUCAGAGACAAGACAUUUGAAUGAAAUUUUCUCAUUUCUAUGCAAAUUAGCAGUGACGCUGUAAAGAAGUGACGAAUCCAAACGAUUGUCUCGGAUGAAUCUUCGGACCGAACGUACAGCGCGUGUGGUUCGACGCUUCCUCAGUUCCCUGCUCAUAACUUUAGUUCAUACCUGUAAGACAUUACGAAGAAAAAUAAAGUUCGGAAGAAGAGUGUAAGUAGCUAGUAGCUAGCUAAUGUGAGGAUCCGAGUACGUAACGUAAAUCAAGCAUUUUCACAUUAAUUAGAGUUAUUUUACUGGUUAGCUUUAGAAGUGAUGUAUAGCUACUUAUCAGGAAUUUAAAAAAUAAAAAAGUUAGACAGGCCACGCCCAGUAGAUUCCGUACACGCCCACAAAAGAAAAACGAAACUACGAGUCGAGUCAUUAAACUACGAGUCGAGUCAUUAAACUACGAGUCGAGUCCUUAAACUACGAGUCGAGUCAUUAAACUACGAGUCGUCACCUGCUAGUGCGGACAGGUUCAGAGCACGUUCACCUGCUGAUACAUGAUGCAUGAAGUCUAAUGCUGCGUUCAUAAAAACGUUCAACCUUCGAGCAGAAAAAACUCGUAAUUCCUACUCAGAAAAAAAUUCCGACUUGUUAGAGUCUGAAUCCUGAGAUCACUCCAACAUGGAGGUGCAUUUUAAGCCUGUUUCUGUUUGCUUUAACACUCUGAGAUCACUAAAUAUAACAGGAUAGUUUGUGCGCUUCCAUGUUUUGUUUUGUUUUCUUCAGCACUAUAAUCCAUUACAUGAAUAAAUAAAUAAAUAAAUAAAUGGAGCCCUAACCAGCUUUAACACUCCGGUAUUCAGGUCCGGAGCAAAAUCGAUGCUUUUGGUUGAUUUGGCUGUUUAGUAGAGAGAUGAUACGAUAUCGCUUUAUCUUUACUGAUAACGAAACCUGAUAUUGAUAUUUAAAAAUAAAUGAAUAUUGCACCUUAAAAGAAAAACCUUGAAUAGCCAUUGAAUAUGUUUUUCUUUAAAGGUGCAAUAGUCGAUUUUUUUUAUUUGUAUUAUUCCUUACUACUACAAAUAACAUGGAAGAUAUGUUGAACACGAUUUAAAAAAACAAACAAACAAACAAUGGAUUAAGUCAUGGCCUUCGCUAAAGUGUAUUAAUUCGCUGAAAAAACCCGUUUGGGAAACGGACUUCUGGUCCAGAACGCAGCAGGUUUGUGUUUGAAAUCAUUCAUGAAAUCAUUUAAAUGUCAAACCCACCUGACUGUUAGAGACCUAAUCUUGAGAAAAAAUAAAUAAAUAAAAUAACUACUCUUACCUCAUGCACCUUUAAAAACAGCUAAGCUUUAAACUGUUUUUUAACUGAAGCAUUAAAAAAAAAAAUACGUUGCUAAAAAUAUGACUUACACAUUAUACACUGCAAAUAUAAUAAAUAUAAACAGUCAAGUCUCUUUGUAAACAUGUAAACAUUUACAUUUCCAGAACAAAUCAUUUCUAAACUCUGGGUAUCAGAUCCAUCAGUUUCACCCUGAAUGUAAUUUAACAAACCUGAAAGCAGAAAAACAUUGUCCGAGGAGUGUGUGGAGCUGAGAACGACGUCCUAAAAACCUCUUUUAUUCGUCACUCGGAAACACAGAGACGGAAAAACAUAAACAUUUAGAACAUUUUGUGUAGAAAUUAUAAAAAUAACGCAGAACACGGAGUCGAUUUAUUAUAAAUUUAUAUUGUAUUGGUCCAGAACACACGGGAUUCCUGCAGCGCUACGGCUCUGUGCUUUAUCUCAAACAAACAAACAAACAAAAAAAAACACUACAACUGAAAAUUGACUCACUUCCUGCAGGUGAGUCGAUUCAGAGUCGAUUCAGAGUCGAUUCAGAGUCGAUUCAGAGUCGAUUCAGAGUCAAAUCAUGAACGCAGCACAGACGCUGAGAUUUAUCGCUCGUCCGUUUAUUUUAGCAUUUCACAAUCACGCGUCCACCCCAGCUCGCUUUCUUUACAGUGCAUGGAUUUACACGCAGCCAUAACGAGUACAGAACUUAUAGUGUGUGUGUGUGUGUGUGUGUGUGUGUGUGUGUGUGUACAGGGCUGUUGCUUGAUUCACGCUCGUGUGGCAAAACCUGCUGCUAUGAACUCUUAAGGGCUUGUCUUAGCAAAAAUAUAAGAAUAGGAAUCAUUUGUUUGUGAAUGGUGUGUGUGUGUGUGUGUGUGUGUGUGUGUGUGUGUCUGUCUGUGUGUGUGUGUGUGUGUCUGUCUGUGUGUGUGUGUCUGUCUGUGUGUGUGUUAGAGAGAGAGAGAAGAGCAGUUAGUGUAAGUGCUCAUUGAAGCAAAGAAACCCGAGUCUCAUUGUCGCCAUGACGUCGCCAUGACGUCGCCACGAUGUCGCCACGAUGUCGCCAUGACGUCAACGCAGCGAGCGUAGUGACGAGUGUCAGGCCCCUCCCCCUCCUCUGAAUUCCAACUGUCAGAUGAUGAUGUCAUAACGUUGACCAAUCAGCAGCUUCCCUUUAAUCACAGCCAUCUUUAUUUAUUUUCUCUUAUUUUCUCUUUUCUUCUCUCAUUCUUCACUGCAUUCUUUCCACUGUUUCCCCUUUUCUUAGUGUCUGUUUUUACUCCUUUUCAUCCAUCCAUCCAUUUUUUUUCUUUCUUCUUACACGCUUGAUACACGUUCCUUUCUUUCUUUCUAAUUUACUUUUCACUUUUUCGUCCUCUUUCUGUUUAUAUUCCCUUUGUCUUAUCUUGUCUUUCUUUUAUUUAUCCUCGCCUUUCCUUUUUGUUGUGCUUAUUCUUUCAUUCUUUCUCUUUCUCUCAUUUCCCCAUCCUCUCUUAACUCCUUUUCUAUCCCUUCUUCUCUUUUUCAGUCAUUCCUCCACUCUGUACAUUGUCUUUUUUCUUCCUUUUCAGCCAUCCAUUCUUCUCCUCUCCUUUUUCCUUUCUCUCUUUUCUUUCUAAUCUUAUGUUUUAUCCUCUCACUACACACUUACUUCAUUUAUUUUCAUUAUUUAUCCCCUCUUCCACAACUCUCUCUCUUUUUAUCUUUUCAGUUUCUUCUCUUUUUCUGUUUCCUUUCCCUCCUUUAUCUCUUUCCUUGUCUCGCUUUUAAUCCUUCAAUCUACUUUUCUUUCAUCCCUCUAACAUUUUUCUUUCUUUAAUUUUUCUAUUUCCUUUCUUCCAUCCACCUUUUUAUCUCUCCAUUUUUUUACCCUCCACUCUCACGUUUUCAUUUCCUUUCAUUUUCUCUCUACUUCCUUUUUUUCCCCUUCAUUUUAACCUCUCCAUUUUUCUGUCCAUCCUCAUCUCUCUGUUUUCACUUCCUCUCUUUUUCCAUUUCCUUUAUUCCUUUGUCUCCUUACUCUACAUCCUUUAUCUCUCAUUCCUGUUUUUUCUCUCCAUUCUUUUUCUUCCUCAUCUUUCUGAUGCUUAGAUCUCUCUCUCUCUCUCUCUCUCUCUCUCUCUCUCUCUCUCUCACACACACUGCUCAGUCCCGUUAAAGCUCUGUGCGUGUGUACGUGUGUGCGUGUACGUGCGUGUGUACAUACAUGCAUGUGCGCACGUGUGUGUGUGUGUGUGUGUGUGUGUGUGUGUGUACAUGCGUGUACAUGCGUGUACGUGUGUGUGU